GUCUUUACCGGCGUGCCGCCUGCAGCGCCGCCGGCGCCUGUGGCGCCAGCUGCGGACGCGGUGGUCAACGCGGACGCGGCGGUCAACGCCGUGGUGGACGGGGAGGAUACAAACGACGUGGCAGAUCCCUUCCGCGCUGGUGGGCCUUUUGAUGAACAGCCCCUCAGCUUUCAGCUGAAGCGGGUGGAGGAGACGAGCUUUGCUUUGCUGGUCGUUUGGAUUCGGCCGUCCAAGACCCAGACAAACCUCCUUGAAAGAUACAUGUUGGUCAUUAUCGCCAUGGUGGUCAUGCUGCUUGCGAGCAGCUUUCCCUUGGAAGCCAGCAUCGGGAACAAAUUCUGA